AAUCAAUAUACGGUAACACUAAGCACAAUGUGAUUUUAAAAAAAUAUAUAAUAUUGCUAUAAAUAUAUUAGAAACCAAACACAUAACUAAAAAUGGAAUAAGCUUGGACUGUAAAUGUUUUUGAAUAAUAAUGUUAUUAUUCAAGGGUAUGCGACGGGUGAAGACCCAGCUGAAAACUCCUGUUGACUUGGUGCUCAUCCGGUACUCGACGGCUGCCACAAAUUCAUCUCACGAUCAGAAUGGAAGACCUACCACCACCCAGGUGCUGCAAUUGCCAUUGGUAUCCCCACCGGCAGCUGAUUCCUCCUCGGCUUCGUUGGCAAAGCUAAAUAGCCAGCAUUUACCCGAAAACCACACUUCCUGGAUGCCCAGUCCAUACACCGCACCCGGGAAAACACUCAGUCAAUAUAAGAAGCUAUCAAAAUUUCGCCUAACAUCUCUGGUGGUCAUAACGACAGCUGGAGGCUAUGCGAUGGCCCCGGCUGCUUUCGAUCCCGCCUCGUUUGUUAUGUGCACGCUAGGCACCGGGCUGGUUUCGGCGGCGGCCAACGCCAUUAAUCAGUAUCACGAGGUUCCCUUUGAUUCGCAAAUGUCGAGGACCAAGAAUCGGGUACUCGUCACGGGACAAAUGACGCCGUUGCAUGCAGUCACCUUUGCCGUUGUGUCUGCUACCGCUGGCCUGAGUAUGCUGUAUUUUGGUACAAAUGGAUUGACGGCAGCUCUGGGAGCGGGAAAUCUGUUCCUUUACACCACGAUAUAUACGCCGCUAAAGAGGAUUAGCAUUGUGAACACGUGGAUUGGCUCAGUGGUGGGUGCCAUACCGCCGCUAAUGGGCUGGGCUGGAUGUGCCGGCACCUUAGAUGCCGGAGCAAUGAUACUGGCGGGAAUACUGUACGCGUGGCAGUUUCCUCACUUCAAUGCUCUGUCGUGGAACCUUAGGCCGGAUUACUCGCGUGCCGGCUAUCGAAUGAUGGCCGUUACCAAUCCGGGCUUAUGUCGGCGGACAGCCCUGCGGUAUUCGGUAGCUAUUGCUGGACUUUCGGUCAUGGCACCGGUCCUUGACGUCACGAACUAUUGGUUUGCUUUGGAAACGCUACCUUUGAACGCUUACUUCGCAUAUCUCGCGUAUAAAUUUCAUGAAAAGUCAGACAGCGGGACCUCGCGAAAGCUAUUCAGAUUUUCUUUAAUCCACCUGCCAGCUUUGAUGCUACUGUUCUUAGCUAACAAAAAAGAGUGGUUCUUCGGCAAGUCGGCGAGCGAAGAGAAGAAAAAGGAGUCAAGCUAUCUGGCUCUAAAGCAGUCGGCGAGUAGUCUGGGCAAUGUACUGCCUGUCGCUGUGGCCGAAGAAGGACCCAGAUAGUCUAGCACCCCAAUUUAUACGCGAUGUUAAGCUACGAAAUAUACUUAACAUGUUUUGCAACUUGUAUAAAAUAGUCAUAAAAUAUAAAAUAAAGCGUACCUUUGUGUUGCAAAGCUUUUUUGAUUUUAAGAAUAAAUUGUGACAACUUA